CCGCGUCCCCGCCCCCGCCCCGGGCCCGGCCUCGGCGGGCGGUGGAUGGCCGGGCGGCGGCGGCGGCAUGCGGCUCCUAUUCCUGGCGGUGCUCCGGCGGCACACGGGCAACGCAGUCACGGCCCAGCGCGUCCGGGACCAUCUAGAAGCUGCAGGUCAUGUGUGUAUUCUGAAAGAUGCCUUUGACUUUGAAAAUCCAUCUGAAAUCUCAAACUUCAUCAAGGCAGAGAACCUGGAGGCAGCUGUGGCUCUGCAUCUGUAUAGAGGAGGCAGACUUUUGCAAGGUAAUGGAAUUCCUUUUGGGAUCAUCUUUGGUGGAACUGAUUUAAAUGAAGAUGUUAACCAGGGAGAUAAAAACAAAGUGAUGGGAAAAGUCCUUGAAGAAGCCAGAUUUGCUGUCGCUUUCACGGAGUCGAUGAAGGAAAUGGCACAAAGACAGUGGUUCUUUUGGAAGUUGACAUACAGAAAGCCAGACAGAUCUCAUUGGCUGUCAUAUGCCCGGUUCAUGGCACAGCCGCAUGCAAAGGAUAAGAUCUAUGUCCAGAGUCAAGGAAUCGCAACAGUGCCAAACACCGCCUUUAACUGGAAUACUUUUCUUCAGUGUUCAGAGAUUAACCAAAGUGCUGACAAUCUACACAUGUUUCUCCUGAUCUGUGGACUCAGACAAGUGAAAGACCCUCUCUAUUUGGUGGAUGCAUUCUCCGAAUGGCAUCAAGAAGAGCCCAACGUUUACAUGGUUAUUGUUGGUCCUGAAGUUGAUCCAGUCUUCACAAGGGAAGUAAAAGCCAAAGUAAAGAGGACCCCUGGGGUACAGCUGAUCAGAGAGAUGGCUCAGGAGGACCUCCACGCGGUCAUGAAGAAUUGCUUCGCGGUGGUGAAUAGCUCUGUCUCUGAAGGCAUGUCAGCCGCAAUUCUGGAGGCAAUGGAUUUGGAAGUCCCGGUGUUGGCGAGGAACAUCCCCGGAAACUCCGCGGUGGUGAAGCAUGAAGUUACAGGAUUGCUGUUUUCAGACCCUCAGGAGUUUGUUCAUCUGGCAAAGAGACUGGUGAGCGAUCCGGCAUUGGAAAAAAAAAUCGUGGCCAACGGAAGGGAGUACGUGAGAAAGUAUCAUUCGUGGCAGGAGGAGAGACAGACCUACAGGCAGCUGGUCAGGACGCUGGAGAGAGACACUGGGGACUAAGAGUACCUGUCUGAUGCUGUGAGACGCUCAGCCGUGGGCGGAUACCCUUGGACAGAGCUCUGGGCAGGGGGCCUGGCCAGUACAAACCAAGCCUGGUUCACUGGAGUCGUAGAUCUAUCAGUCAUAAGACAAUUCAUCCAAAACCUCUCUGUGCUUCCAAGUAACAUCCCAGAUGUGCUUCCGGAUCAUACCUCAUGGAGAUGCAGUCCUCACUGGGGUGGGGGCAGGGCCACUGGUUUUAAGGGGAGUCAGAGAGAGAGUUGGAGUAGCUGCUUUAGGACGUUCCUAGGGACAACAAGGACUUAUUUUGUAAGCCCUCACAGGGUAGACAUCGCUCUCCUGUCUUCUGAUGACCUGUAGCCCAUCCCUGCCUGCUCAAGGAGCAAAAGCAAACAUCAGAAACAUUAGCUGAGAGGGGUCCUGGCAGCAAUUUUUGACAUGGUACAGACCCUGCAGCCAAUCUGGAGCUGACAGAUGUCUGGCUGUGCCCCCAGGCUCUGCAGGUUUGCUUCCCUGAACACCAGAAGCAUGGCUGUGUGUGAUCAGUCGUGUAACUGUAAGAUAGCCAGGACCUCUUUAGACAAGAAGGCAGCACCACCCCCACUCCCCCACCCUCUAGGCUCCACCUACCUCUGGCCAAAUUGGGGUGGAAAAUCAGUUGGCACUAAGGCCUCAUCACCCAUGGCCUGCAAGAUGCUGGGACUGACUCUGGGUUCAGCGUCAGGCACUCAGCCUCAGAGACCCAGCAGUGAGUGGAGAUGAAGUCACCAGCCUCCAGCCCAUCUCAGGACUGGCACGUGGGUCCCAGUGACCUCAUCCAGCACGGGGUGAGUUUAACCAAGUGUCGCCAUCACUGUAAGGACACCCUGACCACACCAGGGGCACCCCCAAACCCAGUGCUUCUUUUCCUUGGUGGCGGCAUUUGCCUCUGUUGGAUCCUGAAACCCCCUCUUUCCAGUGGACAUUCCAUGAUGACUGGGGGUGACACGCUUGUUUCUUGUGUAAAGUUGGAAGCCACAGGAUCCAAAGGAGGAGAUGAAGCCAGAUCUGAGUCCAUCCAAGGAAGUGUUUCCUUAGGGCUUGUUCUGAUGCCCGCAGACCCUGGAGGGGGCAGGAAGACCCAUGCCAUCUUUGCUUCAAACUUCACAACAUCUUGGGCUUUUUUCUUUCCAACCAUCCUGUUUAAUAAAUAGCCAAACCUAAAAGAGGAAGGCUCUGACUGAACACCUUAAACUCUGGUGCUGAUGACAUGGAGAUGAGAACAGCAUAUUUAUAGAUUCUGUCCCAUGUCAUUUCCAGUUUAAUUCUACGCCUCAAUCUCACAACAGAGUACCUUCCCAAAGGCAGUUAUCUGGUAAACCUGCUCCUCAUGCCCAGGAUUCUCUAACAAUACCCAUCACCAUCCUCCUUCUUUUUUUUUUUGGUGGCAUCUGAGAGUCACAAGAGUUGGGGUCCCCUAUGGCAAUAGAGAAGAGAGGAAGGGAGAAACAGAGUCCAAACCCCUAGUGGACAGAUCCAUCUGAAUCUGGAAUCAGUGAUGCAAACCUAAGAAAAGGCCAAGUGUUGUCCUGGGCACUGACCAGGGAUGCUGCUGUUGAAAAAAUACUGGUCAUUGGGAGUCUCUGCUCUCAUCCUGGUUGAAGGAUAUUGUAUGUGCUUGGCUCCGCUGAACCUCAGCGUUGUUGUUCAUCCAUCUCUUUAUAGAAACAUACACACAUGCCUCAUGCCCUUUAGGGAAGGGCAUGUUUUUAAAUGAAUAAAGUGUCACCGUCCGCUGUCCAGCCAGAGUCCCUGUGUGUUCCUUUUGUGAGCCUGGUUCAGCAAGAACCAGACCCACCCCACCCUUUAGUUCUUGCACUUUAAAAGCAGAUGUUAGUCCACUGACGCAUCUCAUUAAGAGGGGUUUAAGAUGCAAUUGCUAUUUUAAUACCAAAGUAUAGAUGUAAAAAGAAUGCUUUUCUGUAAAUGUUCUAGAUGCUCUCAGUUUCAUACUCCGUUAACUUUAUGUUUAAACAUUUUGCAUAUAGUUUCCAAUUUGCUGAUGUACAGGUUUGGAUGACUCAACGAGUCAAUUUCCAGAUAGAACUGAGAUUCUGUAACCUUCACACGCAGAGGGAAAUUGCAUUUAACGCAGCACGGUGUUCUUUUGCAAAGAGGCACUGCUCGUACCUGACUUGCAAUUGGUGUGAUGAGCUGGCUGGCACUCACCGCUUCUGCCAGAAGAGCCCUCUGCACCCCUUCCCCACACUUUUUUUUGCAAUGAAGUUAAAUAGGAUAGCUUUGUUUUGAUCUGAAAGGUUCAUCAGGUAUCUUCAGGUUUCCAAAGGCAGACUGUGCAGGCUCUCCAUGCAGAUGGGAAUGGGUGGUCCACACGGUGCCUUGAGCACCCUGCAGACUAGAAUGUGCCGCUAGCUGGUCUCUGUUCUGAUGGCUUCCCUCACUGUGGCUCAGAUGCUAAAGAGUCCGCCUGCAGUGCAGGAGACCUGGGUUCGAUCCCUGGGUCAGAAAGAUCCCCUGAGAAGGCAAUGGCCACUCACUCCAGUAUUCUUGCCUAAGGAAUGCUGUGGACAGAGGAGCAUGACAGAGUGACCAACACACUCACACACACUAUCAGUUAGGGAUGGGGUUUGGAAAUCCUUUGUACUCUCAGCCGGCAUGUGGCUUCAAGUGUCCGUUACAUUUCUAUGUCAUCUUCAGUAACAAUACUUGGCACAGCUGCAUAAACUCUUCCCUAGAAGUUUCCUGGUGCUGGACCUUGCAGUUCGUUAAUUGCAACCUGUUAGGAGAUGGAGAGAGCCAGCUCUUGUCCUCUUCCUCCUCCCACCUCUCUCCCCUCCCCCUUUCACAUACAUCUCCCAUACCCCACCUUCCCACCUCCCUUCCCCUUUCUGACCCGGUCUCCUCUUGGAGAGUCAGGAGCCUGAUGUGGGAAUGACACACAGGAAGUCCUCCCCAGCCAAAGCCAGUCCUCACCAGGGAGGCCAGGUAGUAAAAGCGGCAGUUCCCCAGCCCAGCUUUUAUUUUUAAAUUUUUUUAAUUUUUAAAAGUAAUUUCAUUUAUUUAUUUAUUUUUAGCAGUUGCUGCACGGGCUUUUCUCUAGUUGCAGAG